UAAAAAUGUUGCAUCUAAUUGUGAUUGCAGUUACAUUUGUAUUUGCAACAGCUGAACCAGGAUUAAUCGGGACCCCUAUUGGACCUUUUCUUAAUCCACUGCCGUACAAUUUUCCUGUAGUCCAUCCUUUUGUGCCAACCUAUGUGACCUAUUCCUUUACUACGCAUGCAGCAGCUCCACCGGCAGCAGGAAACAAUGAGACUGACAUUGAUGAAAUUGGACUCACGACUGAAUCUACGGUUGAAUCAACGACAAAUAUUUUUGACAAAGCUGCAGAUGUUAAUGAUACAGUUGAAAUUGAGGCAUUUAAAUCGGCUACAAAUGAGACCUCCCCUAAAUCGGAUUUGGUUAUCGGAUAUCCUCCACUGAUAAAUCAUUUGGCAUACACCCUUCCAGCUGUUCAACCCAUUGCACCGCUGAUUGUGUCACCAAUUGUAUCCUCUUAUUCAUACACUAUUAAUCCCCAUUUAUUAAACAAUAUUACGGACUCAGAAGGAUUUGCUGCUGUAAAAGGUGCCGAUAAUACUCACAAUGUUACAGCUCAAGCUGCUAAAAUAAUUGAAACUGUCAAUUCCACUAAAACAGAGAAAAAUACUGAAGAAAAAUUGACUGCUAAUGGAAAUGGAGCGCAAGUAAUUAGUUACGGAUCCACAAUUUUAUCUGGUCCUGUUCUGCAGAAGCCACUUGUUACUCCAUUUUACAGUGAUUUAUUUAGAACUUGGUAGAGAAUUUAUAAUUAAAUAUAUAUUUUUCUAAAA